CAGAACUUGUUUGUACUUUGACAGAACUAAAUAUUUUGAAUUUGCAAAUACACUGAACAGACAAAUAUUUUGAAUUUGCAAAUACACUGAACAGACAAAUAUUUAUUUGUCGUGAAUUUUGUAAAAGAAACAGCCAGCCAUCAGAAAAAAUGAUUUACUAUCACCUUAUAAGUAAAAUUAAAGUUUACGAUGAGGAAUAAUUUUUUCAUAUAUAUUUUAAAAAGAGGUUAUAUAUACAAAUAAUUCAAAGAUACAACAACAUACACUAGUAUUAUUGAUACAGAGAUUUUUAAAAAUCUAAUUUGUCAAAUUGACAUCGGGUCUCCCGUAUUUCCAAAUUAAAAAAUAAAAGUGCCCACCCGCCGCAUUUUUUCCCAAAAUACAGAUGAGAAUCUAAACUUUUAUUAGUCAACCAGUUUCGGGGACUAUAGGAAUGCGCUUUUCCGUCAUUCUGUCAUUCCGUCCGUCCGCAAUUUCGUGUCCCAUUCAUAACUUCGUCGUCCUUGAAGGGAUUUUAAUAUUACUUGGCACAAAUGUUCCCCAUGGUGAGACGACGUGUCAUGCGCAAAACCCCUAGCUAAAAGGUCAAGGUCACAAUUGGAGGUCAACAGGGCUUUUUUCCUGCCCAGUCUAUAACUUUGCCAUCCAUGAAGGGAUUCUAAUAUUAGGCCUCACCAAAUUAAAAAGUUGUUCAUCGGAUUUGCCGCUCAUAAAUUUUCAGAAACACAAAAAAAAAAUUUUUUGUUUGUUUUUGGCUUGCCCCAUUGAAAAAAGUCAAGCCAAAAUUUUUUGGUGCACUAUGUUUUACGGACGUAACAGUGUACAAAUGCUUCUAACUCCAGCCCCAGAUUGUUCUAAAGUGGACUUUAAUCACAAUAAAUACAUCCUAUACGCAUCGUCUAUAAAAUAUCAUAAUGUUUAUAUUUAGUUGGAUUAAAGUUAUUUCCCUUUGAUGCAGUUACGCCAUUUUCUUCAAAUGUUUACCCAAUUGUGUUGCUACAGAAAAACGGGUUUAUUUCAGUGAAAAUCAGAUGAAAAAAACAUACUAAUUCAUUUGAUAACAUCAAUCUACAUUAUUUUGGUAAGGGUAAAUAGUAUUGAUGCAUGCCACUUUUCUGUUUUCUGUUUUUCCAGUCCAUAUAUGAACAGCAUUUUUAUACGAAAGUGGGUGGGGUAAGGAAUUGACAUUAUGAGUUUUGUUUAGCCCAGUUUAGAUUUUCAAAUUUUCCAAUCCUCAUGUAGAAUAAUGUUAAUCCACGUUAAUAUCCAUUUCAGACUUUAAUUGAGACUUUGUUUCAACAAAUUUAAUGAUAAAUCUGUUAAGAAAGUUUAAAGUUAGAACAAGAGCUGUUUGUAAGACAGCACACUCAACUUUUCUAAGUGUUUGACACUGAAUUAGAGCUUUGCCAGUAAAAGGGGUAUAAUAGUCGAGCGCUUUGAAAGUAACAGAGCUAUUGGACGUUAUAUAAAACUUUAAAAAAACUAUUCUAAGGUAAAAAGGGGCGCAACUCUGUCAAAAUUCAGAGUUUUAAUAUGGGGAUUGUGUCUCCUUGUGUAGACUUUGAUAGUAAAUAACUAUUUUAACUUUCAAGUCAAAAGCUUUUAAGUAACAGAGAUAUUUGAUCAAAAACUUCGAAAAGUCGAGCUAAAAAUGCUACAUUUUCUUAGCAGUAAAUAUUUCAGUCAUAUAUCUAUGUCAUGAUUUUAAGACUAUGCAUUGUUGUAUAUUACAUAUUUUCUAACAGCAUUUUCAAAAGCAUACAUUAUUUGAUUACACUGUACUGUAUGCCAGUGUUAUUAUGUCUCCCCCCCCCCAGACAUAUUGUUUUUGCCCUGUCCGUCCGUCCGUCGGGGCGUCCAUCCGUACGUCACACUUCAUUUCCAAGCAAUAACUGGAGAACCAUUUGACCUAGAACCUUCAAACUUCAUAGGUUGGUAGGGCUUAUUGAGGAGACGACCCCUAUUGUUUUUGGGGUCACUCCGUCAAAGGUCAAGGUCACAGGGGCCUGAACAUGGAAAACCAUUUCCGAUCAAUAACUAGAGAACGACUUGACCCAGAAUGUUGAAACUUCAUAGGAUGAUUGGUCAUGCAAAGUAGAUGACCCCUAUGGAUUUUGGGAUCACUCCAUCGAAGGUCAAGGUCACAGGGGCCUGAACAUGGAAAACCAUUUCCGAUCAAUAACUUGAGAACCACUUGACCCAGAGUGUUGAAACUUCAUAGGAUGAUUGUUCAUGCAGAGUAGAUGACCCCUAUUGAUUUUGGGAUCACUCUGUUGAAGGUCAAGGUCAGAGGGGCCUGAACAUUGAAAACUAUUUCCAGUCAGUAACUUGAGAACCACUUGACCCAGAAUGUUGAAACUUAAUAAGAUGAUUGGUCAUGCAGAGUAGAUGACCCCUAUUGAUUUUAGGGGUCACUCUAUUAAAGGUCAAGGUCACGGGGGCCUGAACAUCGAAAACUGUUUCCAAUCAAUAACUUGAGAACCUGACUCGACCCAGAAUGUUGAAACUUCAUAGGAUGAUUGUUCCUGCAGAGUAAAUGACACCUAUUUGUUUUUGAUUUCACUCCAUUAAAGGUCAAAGCCAUAGGGGCCUGAACAUUGAUAACCAUUUCCGAUCAACAACUUGAGAACCUCUUGACCCAGAAUGGUGAAUCUUCAUAGGAUGAUUGAACAUGCAGAGUAGAUGACCCCUAUCGAUUUUGGGGUCACUCUGUUAAAGGUCAAGGUCACAGGAGACUGAACAUGGAAAACAAUUUCCGAUCAAUAACUUGAGAACCACUUGACCCAGAAUGUUGAAACUUCAUAGGAUGAUUGAACAUGCAGAGUAGAUGACCCCUAUUGAUUUUUGGGUCCGUCUAUUAAAGGUCAAGGUCACAGGGGCCUGGUCAUGUAAAAUCAUUUCCGGAAAAUAACUUGAGAACCACUUGACCUAGAAUGUUGAAACUUAAUAGGAUGAUUGGACAUGCAGAGUAGAUGACCCCUAUUUAUUUUGGGGUCACUUGAUCAAAGGUCAAGGUCACAGGAGCCUGAACAGUGACUUGAGAACCACUAGGCCAAGAGUGUUGAAACUUAGCGGGAUGACUGGACAUGCCAAGUAGAUGAUCCCUAUUUCAGCCAACCAUCAGUGUCUCUUUGACUUUCGCUCCUGACCCCUAUUGACUUCUUGCCUAUAGAACUUUGCAUUGGGGGAGACAUGUGCUUUUUAGCUCACCUGUCACAAAGUGACAAGGUGAGCUUUUGUGAUCGUGCGGCGUCCGUCGUGCGUGCGUGCGUGCGUCCGUGCGUCCGUAAACUUUUGCUUGUGACCACUCUAGAGGUCACAUUUUUCAUGGGAUCUUUAUGAAAGUUGGUCAGAAUGUUCACCUUGAUGAUAUCUAGGUCAAGUUCGAAACUGGGUCACGUGCCAUCAAAAACUAGGUCAGUAGGUCUAAAAAUAGAAAAACCUUGUGACCUCUCUAGAGGCCAUAUAUUUCACAAGAGCUUCAUGAAAAUUGGUCACAACGUUCACCUUGAUGAUGUCUAGGUCAAGUUCGAAACUGGGUAACACGCCUUCAAAAACUAGGUCAGUAGGUCAAAUAAUAGAAAAACCUUGUGACCUCUCUAGAGGCCAUAUUUUUCAUGGGAUCUUUAUGAAAAUUGGUCUGAAUGUUCAUCUUGAUGAUAUCUAGGUCAAGUUCGAAACUGGGUCACGUGCGGUCAAAAACUAGGUCAGUAGGUCUAAAAAUAGAAAAACCUUGUGACCUCUCUAGAGGCCAUAUAUUUCACAAGAUCUUCAUGAAAAUUAAUCAGAACGUUCACCUUGAUGAUAUCUAGGUCAAGAUCGAAACUGGGUCACGUGCCAUCAAAAACUAGGUCAGUAGGUCAAAUAAUAGAAAAACCUUGUGACCUCUCUAAAGGCCAUAUUUUUCAUGGGAUCUGUAUGAAAGUUGGUCUGAAUGUUCAUCUUGAUGAUAUCUAGGUCAAGUUCGAAACUGGGUCACGUUCGGUCAAAAGCUAGGUCAGUAGGUCUAAAAAUAGAAAAACCUUGUGACCUCUCUAGAGGCCAUAUAUUUCAUGAAAUCUUCAUGAAAAUUGGUCAGAAUGUUCACCUUGAUGAUAUCUAAAUCAAGUUCGAAAGUGGGUAACGUGCCAUCAAAAGCUAGGUCAGUAGGUCAAAUAAUAGAAAAACCUUGUGACCUCUCUAGAGGCCAUAUUUUCCAUGGGAUCUGUAUGAAAGUUUUUUUGAAUGUUCAUCUUGAUGAUAUCUAGGUCAAGUUCGAAAGUGGGUCACGUGCCGUCAAAAACUAGGUCAGUAGGUCAAAUAAUAGAAAAACCUUGUGACCUCUCUAAAGGCCAUAUUUUUCAAUGGAUCUUCAUGAAGGUUGGUCUGAAUGUUCAUCUUGAUGAUAUCUAGGUCAAGAUCGAAACAGGGUCAUGUGCGGUUAAAAACUAGGUCAGUAGGUCUAAAAAUAGAAAAACCUUGUGACCUCUCUAGAGGCCAUACUUGUGAAUGGAUCUCCAUAAAAAUUGGUCAGAAUGUUCAUCUUGAUGAUAUUUAGGUUAAGUUCGAAAGUGGGUCACGUGCCAUCAAAAAGUAGGUCAGUAGGUCAAAUAAUGAAAAAAUGUUGUGACCUCUCUAGAGGCCAUAUUUUUCAUGGGAUCUGUAUGAAAGUUUGUCUGAAUGUUUAUCUUGAUGAUAUCUAGGUCAAGUUUGAAACUGGGUCAACUGCGAUCAAAAACUAGGUCAGUAGGUCUUGAAAUAGAAAAACCUUGUGACCUCUCUAGAGGCCAUACCCUUGAAUGGAUCUUCAUGAAAAUUGGUCAGAAUGUUCACCUUGAUGAUAUCUAGGUCAAGUUUGAAACUGGGUCACGUGCCUUAAAAAACUAGGUCAAUAGGUCAAAUAAUAGAAAAACCUUGUGACCUCUCUAGAGACCAUAUUUUUCAAUGGAUCUUCAUGAAAAUUGGUCAGAAUUUUUAUCUUGAUAAUAUCUAGGUCAAGUUCAAAACUGGGUCACAUGAGCUCAAAAACUAGGUCACUAUGUCAAAUAAUAGAAAAAACGACGUCAUACUCAAAACUGGAUCAUGUGGGAAGAGGUGAGCGAUUCAGGACCAUCAUGGUCCUCUUGUUUACAAAAGCAAUUUCUAGUUACCUUUUGAGUUUGCUUUGUUCACAUACACAUUUAACCCUUUGUCAUGUAUUUGCAGAAUAUAUUUUAAUAUUUGUUUUCUCAGAAACUAUAUUCCAAGUGAUUGCAAAGUAAUUGCAUCAGACUUUUGCAAACAGUCUGCAAAAUGUAUCACAGUGAAGCAAAGGGUUUGCAAAUAAACACUUAGAUGAAUUACAGACUGCAAAGGUUUUGCAAACAAAUACUUUAUUAUGCCCCCCUUCGAAGAAGGAGGGGUAUAUUGUUUUGCAGAUGUCUGUAGGUCUGUCGGUCGGUCUGUAUGUAGACCAAACCGUUUCCGGAUGAUAACUCAAAAACGCUUGGGCCUAGGAUCAUGAAAGUUUAAAGGAAGGUCGGUUAUCACCUGCAGAUGACCCCUAUUGAUUUUGAGAUCUGUAUGUCAAAGGUCAAGGUCACAGUGACCCUGAACAGUUAAACGGUUUCCAGAUGAUAACUCAAGAACGCUUGGGCCUAGGGUCAUGAAAGUUGAUAGGGAGGUUGGUCAUGACCAGCAGAUGACCCCUAUUGAUUUUGAGGUCAGUAGGUCAAAGUUCAAGGUCACAUUGACCCGGAACAGUUAAACGGUUUACGGAUGAUAACUCAAGAUUGCUUGGGCCUAAGAUCAUGAAAGUUGAUAGGGAGAUUGGUCAUGACCAGCAGGUGACCCCUAUUGAUUUUGAGAUCAGUAAUUCAAAGGUCAAGGUCACAGUGUCCAGGAACAGUAAAACGGUUUCCGGGCGAUAACUCAAGAACGCUUGGGCCUAGGGUCAGGAAAAUUGAUGAGAUUGAUCAUGACCAGCAGAUGACCCCUAUUGAUUUUGAGGUCAUUUGGUCAAAGCUCAAGGUCAGAUUGGCCAGGAACAGUUAAAUGGUUUCUGGACGAUAACUUGAAAACGCUUAGGCCAAGGGUCUUGAAAGAUGAUAGAGAGGUUCAUCAUGACCAGCAGAUGACCCCUGUUGAUUUUAAGGUCAGUAGGUUAAAGGUCAAGGUUACAGUGACCCGGAACAUUUAAACCGUUUCCAGAAAAUAACUUGAGAAUGCUUGGGCCUAGGAUCAUGAAACUUAAUAGGGAGGUUGAUCAUGACCAGCAGAUGACCCCUGUUAAUUUUGAGGUCAAUAGGUCAAAGGUCAAUGUCACAUUGAACCAGAACAGCAGAACUUUUGUUUACAGUGAGCAAAUAAUUUCUGUUCCUUGUGCAAUUACUGAAUGCAUCAAGGGGGGCAUUUUGUGUUCGCCGAGCUCUUGUUAAAUUAGCAGACAGCAAAGCAUCUGCAAACAAACACUUAGCUCAUUUAGUUAGCAAAGGUAUUGCAAAUAAGAGAGAUUAAUUUAUUUUAAAUAUUAAUCUAGUUUAUUCUGGUGUAAAUUUCUCGCUUAACUUGGGUUAGAUAUUUACCGGAAAUUAGCGUUGCAAGACGCCGCGUAGUGUAACCAUGGUAAUUCUCGCGAGAUCGUUCGUAUCUUCGCCGAGUAUAAAAGUCACGUGACCGCCACGUUCUAUCUUUCAGUCCGCAAAUUCAGCGUCGCACAACAUUUAAAAAAUCUAGAGUAAAUUCAGUUAGCAGUUUUAAGCAUGCCAGGUCGUGGAAGGGGCGUGAAGAGAAGGGGCACGGAUAAACGUGGCCCGACAACAAGGGCAGCCGAGGCUAAACGAGCAAGGCCGGCAAUUGACGACGGCACAGGUCCGGACAGAGGUAGGCAAAAUACACCAAUUAUUGAUUUUGAACAGAUAAUUCGUGAUUCUGAGGUUGUACAUGGCAUUCAAAGUAGAGAAACUCAAACUUUCAAUAACGAUUUUGAGUCUAAUAAUUUAUUUUCAAGUAGAAAUAAUCCCGACUCAGAACAAAACAACACUCAAGGUGAAUGUCCGGUAUUGACCGCGCAAAACGCGGACGUUGUAAACCAAAAUGAUGGCUCAAAUUGUUAUGCUAACGCUACCGACAAUUAUACAAUGUUAGGUAGUAAUGAACCGUUAGUGCAUUUUAACAAUUCAUUGAACUAUGCAAAUUCGUUUCCUCAAAAUUAUGACAUGACACGCUUAGCGCAAGAUGAUAUCAUGUUCCCUCAAGCAUAAAGCAGAAAAUAUGCGGGGGUGAAUAUAUCAACAUGGCAUUACUUCUUAAGGGUGCGGUGGAACUUUCAGAUUUUGCCUCGGGAAGUACUUUGCAGUUUUCUCAUGAUGGUACAAUUACUUGUCGGCCUAAAGAGUGUAAAGAUGACAUCAGAAAUAUCGAACGCUGGUCCGAUGCUUUUAUCAUUUUUAUGUCUGUCUAUUUAACGGCAUACCCAAACAAAGUUCACGAACUCCUUCAGUAUUUCUAUGUAAUACGGGAAUGCGCAUCUCGUCAUGGGGGAAAAUUUUGGAAAAUGUAUGACGAGCAAUUUAGUCUGCAUCAAGCUAGCAUGCCUUUGUCAUGGGCUAUCAUUAAUCAUGAAUUAUGGUCGCGGUUAAUGCCGUCCAUAUACGAGCCUACAAGGCAAAGCCAGAUAAAGCAAAAGCCAGCAGACAUAUGUAUUCCUUUUAAUAAAGGCACGUGUAACUGGUCAUACUGCAAGUUUCGGCAAGCGUGUUACCAUUGUGGCCGUUCACAUAGCUUGAUGAAUUGUUUUACCGGUACAAAACAUAACAAUGGAGAGACGUUCUCAUUGCCAGAAAACACAGGGGGUAAUUUUCAACAAACUGGCCGAAAAAACCUUUUUCGAGGGCGUGGAUUCUGGCGUGGUCGUGGAUUCAACCAGUAUCGGGGCUCAAGGGGUUCAAACAGAAAGUAAUAACUUACCUUGCGAUGAUGUCCAUUUUAAAGUAGCACAUUCACCUAUAAAUAUCCAAUUUUUAGAAAUUUGGCUUAGUAAGUACAAGUCGCAUGAUGCAAAUAUUUUAUUAAACGGUUUUAAGCACGGUUUCAGAUUGAACUAUUCGGGCCCACGUCAAGCUCGUGUAUCAAAAAACCUGAAGUCCGUAAAACAACAGCCUGAAUUAGCACAACAAAAAAUACAAAAAGAGGUAGACGCAGGCCGAGUUGCCGGUCCAUUUACCGUAAGCCCAUUUAAAAACUUGCAGAUUUCACCAAUUGGCUUGGUUCCAAAGAAAAGUCCGGGCGAAUACAGGCUUAUACAUCACCUGUCAUAUCCUGAGGGAUUAUCAGUCAAUGAAUUUAUAGAUCCGAAAAUAUGCUCGGUUAAAUACACAGAAUUCGAUGAAGCGAUUCGUAUUAUACAAGACCUGGGUAGAAACUGUUAUUUAUUUAAAAUGGACAUAAAAAGUGCAUUUCGAUUACUUCCGAUUCAUCCCGACGAUUUCGAACUUUUAGGAUUUUCUUGCAUGGAAAAGAUUUAUUUCGAUAACUGUUUACCAUUUGGCUGUAGCAUUUCGCCUAGUUUGUUUGAGAAAUUUUCUACUUUUCUAGAAUUUUGCAUUAAAUCAAAAAUGAAUUCAGGACGUCUUAUACACUACCUUGACGACUUCCUUGGCGGGGAGAAAGGGUACGAGUCUUGUAAAAGCCUAAUGCUAUUAUUCGAAACAAUCAUGAACAAGCUAGGCGUUCCAUUGGCAGACGAAAAAACGGAAGGUCCCUUAAAGGUCAUUGUUUUCUUGGGCUUAGAACUUGAUUCGGAUAAAAUGGAGAUCCGAAUACCGAUCGUAAAAAUUGAUGAAGUCAUUCAAAAAAUUGAAUUCAUUUUGUCAAAGAAUUCCGUUACUCUUAGAGAAAUGCAGUCGCUUAUAGGAUCUUUGAAUUUUUGCUGUCGCGCGAUAGUUGUUGGAAGACCAUUUUGCCGACGUCUUAUUAAUUCAACUUGUGGUGUUAAGCGUCCAUUCCAUCAUGUCCGACUGAACAAGGGAAUAAAAUUAGAUCUGGAAAUGUGGCUUAGAUUUUUUAGAAACUGUAACGGAAUUUCAGUCUUUCAUGAUCGGUUUUGGUUAUCCAACGAUGACGAACAGUUGUACACAGACAGCUCUGGGGGCAUUGGUUUUGGUAUCUGGUUUAAUGGGCAUUGGUGUCACGCAAGAUGGCCUGUUGCAUGGCAUAGUAAUGGUUUAACAAGGGACAUAACCGUAUUAGAGCUUUUCCCAUUGUUACAGCUAUUUGUAUUUGGGGCGGGCAGCUACGAAAUAAGAAGAUACGGUUUCACUGUGACAACCAGGCCGUAGUACAUAUAUUGAACACGAUGUCUUCCAAGUCCUCACAGGUUAUGUCAUUAAUAAGGGUACUUACGUUACAGUGUCUGCGCUUUAAUUGUUUGUUGAGAGCUUCUCAUAUAGCCGGGGCAAAAAAUGAAAUAAGCGACGCAUUAUCUCGUUUUCAGCUCACCCGGUUCAAAACGUUAGCACCAGAGGCCGAUUCGUCCCCGACACCAAUACCAGACUAUCUUUGGGAUAUCUUCAAAGCAGAUACAUUUGGGUCAUUGGGGACUCUAUACCUCAUUGGGCAGGUGUGAGAGCCAGCGCAAGGGGAAUUGACAAUUUACGGCUACCCUGUACAAUAGCAUGGUGGUGCAAAAGAGGGAUGAGUCUGGAUGAGCUGACACAUGCAUUACAACUCCCAGCCCUCUUUAGGAGUCCUCCUCAG